AUGAAUAUUGAGACCAACCAAAUAGAACAGCAGAAAAACUACUCUUGUCAGCAAGAAGCAAGAUUGGAAGGUGGAAGGGUAGGCAGGCUCAGGCUUGCGUGUGUUGAGCUUGAAGUUGAGGCAAGAAGGUGCUGGGCUCGAAGUGGAAGCAAGGUGGCGUCAGGCUUGGUGCGCGAGGUGGGCUGCGCAGGAGGAGAAGCUGGGCUGCGUAGAUUGAGACGUGAGCUGGGCCUGGCGCAACAUGGGCUGUGCGCUGGAGUAUUGGUAGGCGACGAUGGGCCUUGGUGGGUGACGCUGGGCUGCGUAGGAGCAUCUGCUAGACCUUCAUGCUGGCUGGGCUGGAGAAGUGGGCAAACUGGGAUGCCCCUAUUCAGCUUGGGCUGGUCCAAACAGCUCGAAAUAACCCCUUGUACUUUGAAAGAAAGUGAAGAACGUAGACCUCCUAUACUGCUUGGAUUUGAUCCAUCUCUCCGACUUGGUGAUAACCCGCUCAAGCGCUUAGGAUUUACGUAA